CUCGUCAUCGUUGAGUGCAUUAACGGCCGGAGGCCAUUUCGAAUUCCGGAGCAUGUAUCUAGCAUGAAAUCAGGAGUCUCUGGUCAGAUAAAAACGAAACGGAACCCUAAUUUGAGUUCACGAGACAAAAGACAGGAAGCCGAAAGCAAUGUCUGAGACUCCGAAUACUCAGCAACUGGAGGAAAAGAAGCCUAAUGAUCAGUUCGCUCACAUCAAUCUGAAAGUGAAAGCUCAGGAUGGGGACGAAGUAUUCUUUAAGAUUAAAAGGAGCACUCAACUGAAGAAGCUGAUGAAUGCAUAUUGUGAACGACAAUCUGUGGACUUUAAUGCAAUUGUUUUCUUAUUUGAUGGUCAAAUCAUCAAGGGAGAGCAAACUCCACACGAGCUUGAAAUGGAGGAUGGUGAUGAGAUUGAUGCAAUGUCGCACCAAAUUGGUGGGUUUCUUCAUGUUGAUGUUAAUUAUAUGAAUUAAUGCCUUGUUUAUGUAACCUUUACAUUUGCAUUCUGGGAUUGAAAAAUUUGCAGUGCUCUCUCUGCACCUUCUGUGAUGUAUCUUUUUUCUUUUUAACCUGAAGGAUUUAUCCUUUGUUUUACCGGAAAGAUUUUAUCUUUCACUUCUUAUGAAAUUUACAGUCUUCAGUGUUUUGAGC